AUGGCGGCGCCGCAGCCGGCGUUCCUCCUGCCGCAGAACCGCAAGCUGCGCCACCUGCGGGGCAUCUACCUGCGCAAUCUGACAUUCUCGCCGCCGCGCAAGCACAGCGUCGACGACUCGGGCGUCGGCCCAGGAGGACAACAGAGGCGCGCGUCGCUGCGGAAAGCACUCCACCACUCUCGGUCGAGUGACGACCUGCUGACCGACAGCAAUGGAUCGGCCACAGCUUCACCGUCCGCUGCAGCGCCAGACUCAGCGACAGCGACAGCCACGUCCACGGCCUCUGCACGCAACCGCAGCGCGACGCUGUCUGGGGCCGAUGCGCUGGCACGACAACACAUUUUGGAGCAGGUGCUGGACAGCAGCACGGCAGACGCCUUCUUCUCGCUGCACAACGACGGGGCCGACGAGCCCAUCUACGUCAGCGAGGUCGCCGAGCGGGCGGCGAACUUCAAUUUUCGCUUCUUCGACCUGGCCGGCCUCGAUCCCUUCGUCUCACGAUCGUCGCAACUGACCGUCAAAGUCUGGGUGCGACGGGCACCACAUGCAAGCACAUCUGCAGCAACAUCCUCAGCACCCUCAACAACAACAACACGUCCGUCUUCGACGUCUUCCUCCUCUCCCGCGUGGUUCCUCCUCCUCGAAGACGACGUCGAUCUGCGCUUCCUCGGCUGCAUCGGUUCUCUCCAAAGCAUCCGCUUCCCACCCAACGCCCUCGUUUUCCAUUUACUCGAUGGCAUCUACAUGGCCGGCGCACCACGCAAUCGGCUCGUGGCACCGGCCGGCGGCGCGCGCAGCAACUUGGCAGGAUCACCACCGCUGCCCACGUCGUCCUACAACGCGCUCAUGCGCCUCGCCAACCUCGAAAACUCACUACAAGACUGCCUGGCCACGCAGGACAAGCUGUCCCAGCAGAUCGAGCAGAUCCUCGACGCAGAGCAGCAGGCCGUCGCGGCCGGCGAGCCCGCAGCCGCGGCUCUGCUCCUGCCCGAGGCCGAGGCCGGCCGCCACCGCGCCCUGAAGGGCCUCGCACACCGGCGCCGCCUCAAUGACGCCGCGCGCAGGAAACGCGCCGACCUGGCGUCGUCUCUGGAGGCCAGACGGGCGGCCAUUGCGGCAGGCCGCGACCUGCAGCAGCGCGCCUGGGCCGACGUCGAGCACGCGGCACACAAGCUGGAGUCGUCGCGCGCCACGGCGCAGCGCACACGCGACGACAUUCGCGGGCAGCGGCGGCGCAUCUGCGAGGACCUGAUUCGCAUUUUCAACAUUGCGCGCGCGCGGGGCGUCGACGAGCCGCUCGCGUUCCAGAUCUGCGGCAUGCCGCUGCCCAACACGGUGUACGGGCCGCUCCUCGACAGGAGCAGCAAGGGGCAGGCCGAGGACACGCUGUCGGCGGCGCUGGGCUUUGUGGCCGUCCUCGUCGCGGCGCUGGAGACGUACCUGGGCGUCGCCCUGCCGUACCGCAUCACGGCCUACGGCUCGCGCUCGGUGGUGCGCGACGACAUCAGCAAGAACAUCCCCGACGCGCAGCGGGACUUCCCGCUGUUCAUGCCGCGCGGCGGGCACAAUGCGCAGUACCGCUUCGACUACGCCUGGUUCCUGCUCAACAAGGACAUUGAGACGCUGUGCCACGCCCAGGGCCUCAAGGUCGUCGACAUCCGGCACACGCUGCCGAACCUGCAGUACCUGCUGUACGUGUGCAGCGCCGGCACCGCGGACCUGCCGGAGCGCAAAAAGGGCGGUGUGCGCGGGCUGUGGAUGGGCCACAUGCAGCGGCACGGCGUGGGCAGCAGCCGAGACGACGUGCAAGACGGGCAAGAAGCACAAGGAGCAGAAGGACACGACCCGCGCAAGGAUGCCGCCGUCGUGACCACGCGCGGGCUUCUUCCGACGACCACGCGCACAACGACGCGCGCCACCAACACGACCAACACGGCCAGCAAUACCACGGCGACGUCCAUGGCGUCCUCGCCGGCGUCGACGCUCCACCUGCCCUUUGACGAGACGGCGACGAAGUGGACACUGCGGACAAAAGGCAUGCGGGAGAGAGACUGA